AUGACUAAAAAGGCGGCAUGCCACAGCACGGGCCUGCCCGCCCGGAGCCCGUGCUCUGCCGUGAGGAGCCCGCGCACCGCAACUCAAGAGCAGCCUGCCCCCGACUGCAGACAGCCUGCACGCAGCGACAAGACCCAGAGCGGCAGAAUGGACAGAUCGACUUUUUUAAACACACGAUCCCUGAAACCACUGGACCAAGAGAACCAGCGUUCCUCCACUUACGUACACAGCACACCUGAGGAGCCUGCAGAGCAGGCUGAAGGUCAAGAGAACGAGGGUCCCCCCAGCACACCUCAGACUCUGCCGGGCAGCAUCAACAAAGUCAGCCUCAGCGAGUGCGGAAACCUGGCUCUCUCCUCCCAGAGGGGGCAGUACAGAGGUUCAGAUGCCAGGAAACUGCUACAGGAAAAGAUAGCCAAGAAAGGCUUAAUGGAGGAUAUAAGCUUAGGACUGCAUUUGAAGAAUUCACAUCACCGAGAUAGGCAAGAGGAAGGACUGGUCCCAUCAGAGACAGCAGGCAAGGAAGAGUCACAGAGUAACGCCCGGUCCCGCAGCUCGGGGAGCCAAUCUCCUCCCCGCCGCGCCUGGCCCGACACAGAGAUCGUGUCUGGGCUAUUCCCAAGGGCCCCCUCCCAAUUCCUGCGCCUCCCGCCCGGUCCGAGAGCUCAGGAAGAGGCGCUUCUGCUCUCCCGCUUCCCACAACCCCUAAAGGAAGAGAGCCCCUCAGCCCAAGUCUCAGAACCGCGCGCCACGUACCUGUCAGUGGCCGCGGCUCCCCCUCCCGAGGGCGCGGUGCGGGGGCGGUGCAGAAAGUUUGUGCCACUGCCCGCGCCGGACGCCGCGGGGAAGGGGCAGGGGGCUCCUCGCCGGGUCCGGGACUGUCCGCUGCGCUCCCGGGCCGGCCGAAGCUCGCAGAUCUCGGCUGGGCUCCCCCCGGCCCGGCUUCAAGUCUACAGCGGCUCCCCGGGAAAGGACGAGGCGGGAGAAGGUCCGAGCGCAGCUCCCCGACGAGCCCUGUGGUUGGUCUGGCUGAAACUUGAGGUGAGCCGCAAUCAGAGCGGGUUAGGCCGAACUAUGGCUUGCAAAGGUGGAUGUGGGGUUUUUCCUACCCGCAACAUCCUGCUGGCGCCUCACUAG